AUGGUCUCAUGGUACGUAUCUAGAAAGAACCUGAAAGUAUAUAGUUUUUAUCCAGCACAUCAGCACAGAAUUGAAGCUUUGAACUUGAGUAUAACAAGUAGACGUAAUACUCCAUCGAAGUUUCUUUUCAUCGCACGUAUUCAGGGCCUUUCCUUGUCACAAGUAUGGAAUUGCUUCAAAAUAAAUAACAAUACAAAGCUACUAGUAGAAAAACAGGACCCAUACGCACAAUUCAAGCACAAGUUUCUUCACUCGGUAAGUGCCUGCUUCAAAAGAUAAUGAAA